AUGAAUCCAUCAUUUUAUACUACUGUUCAACCGUCAAUCGUACAAUUAUUAUCCACAAAUGAUGCAAAUGCAGAUUUAUCAAUGGAAACAAGCUGCCAAACUGAUGCAACUUUAUCAUCUGAUUUUCGUAUAUUCCACUGGUUAUAUCGUGUUCAACAUCUGCAUGAACCAAUACCAUAUUAUCAAAUGUCUAUCAUCAGCGCUCCAGAUAGCUGCCCUCAAACAUCGAAAUCACUCUCGGAUACAACAACCCAAACUGAUUUCACAACAACAAUCACAAACCCAGUUACAAAAGCACCUAUUCCACUUGAAAUUUACUUAAACGAGAAAUUAACCUUUCGUAAUCACGAUGCCAUCCUUGAAACACAUGUUCUUCGAAACUCAUUACCAUCCGAGAUAUAA